CAAUUACCCGAUAACCAAACUGUCCCUUGUACUUUUGCGUUGAUAAUUCAACAAGAUUUGCCCAGUGACAGAAAAAAUGGGAGAUGGAGAUGUCAUUUACGCCAAAGUAAAUGCGAGUGCAGAAAGGCAAAUUCAACCGGAAAUGGACUCUGGACUACUCGUGACUUCCUGUAUCCUUGACUGACCUUGUCUGCUUGUGGAUUAGAACAACUUUCGGUGACUGUAGCAUGCGUGACUGAGUCUUCUAUCCAAGAUGGCGGACGAGUUGCGCUAAAAGAGAAAAUAUCGCGGUUUAGGUGUUUUGCAGUUAAUUGUGGUUUUAAUCAAGAGUUGUAAUGGCAUAGAAUGAUAACGCACUAAUGAGUUUACGUGGACUUUGGGUGAUCUUGAAUACUGGGCUGGACAAAGGCUUGAAUCCUGUCAUUUUCUCGAGGCGUUUCAGCACGGUUGAGCGUCGGGCAAGCAUUCUACAAUUCCACAGUCACGUAGAUCUCCCUUUAGAUCUUGAUCUCUGUAAUGCCAUUUUGGAUGAGUUGGGUCACAAGAAACCACAGUCCAAUGAAGAGUUUAAUCCCAAGCAUGAUUCCUGUAUGAAGGCACAAUCAAAGCCUGUUUACGAGGUACUACUAAAGAAUGGAAGAAUUCUGUGGCCAGUUGUCAUUUUAGAAAAGUUUGGACUAGUGUUUGCAUGUGUUCCUUUGGUGGAGCAAGACAUUUCUGCACAAAGACCACCCCUAAUUGAGCUGCCUGGUGUGACUGUUGGGUACUCAAUGUUGCAUUCUGUAGCAGACUUUGUUGGAUCAUGGACUACAAAAGAACAGCUGUUGUCCAAAGCAAGGGAUCUACACUCGUUCCUAUCUGUUGGGUGUCCAUUUGGGACUCCACUUGAUGUCAACCCAACCACAGUUCAAGCUCUGAUUCAAGGAAAAGAUAUUGCCUCCACUCAAAAAGGAAAGAUCCCAGCCUGGAAACCUGUUUUGCACAAAGGAAAACAGCAGCUGGUAUUCACCAUAAGAGAAGAAAUAAAAGCAGCCCAGCAUGGCACAGACUCCUCCACUGAUGCCGUUCAACUGUUUGGAAUAAUCAUGUGCAAGGCUGAUUUGGAGGGUAUCCCAGAGAUCACAGCAAGCAUCAUAUCUCCAGCCCUGAAAUUCCUCAUUGUCCACCCCAGUGUACAGGAGGGGGAUACCUAUUUCCAGGACUCCUCAACCGAGUCUGGCCCUCUGGGGCCUGGGUCAGCAGGGAGGCGAGUAAGAUUCAGGCCCCCAUUGGAGUCAUUUCCACUCUGUCACUACUCUGGAAUGGUCAGCGGUCUUCCUAUUGAGGGCAUUUACCAAAUGAGAGGUGAUGCAAAAGUAGUGCAGAUUUCCCUUCAGCUUAAGUUAAAUGCUAAAGUCAAGAACUCUUUUGAUUAUUGCGAGGCACAUCUUCCAUUUUUCAAAAGGGGUCUUAUAAUGAGGGUGGAGUCGGCUGGUCCUUCAUCCGGGACAUUGGUCAUUACACCCGAGAAGAGACGGCUAGUUUGGAACAUAGGGCAAAAGUUCCCGAAGUCUCUAGAAACCACAGUUUCUGCUACAGUGUAUUUCGGGGACGUAGAGGCAAUAUCCCAGAAUGCACCCGAGGCAGGAGGCUUCAUUGAGGACCCAUUUUGUGAAGGCAUCAACAGCUACGUGCAGGUUUUUUUCAAGUUGUCUUACUUCACGAUGACGGGAUGUGUUGUGGAUCCUCGUUCACUCAAUAUCUAUCCUAGCUCAAAAUUCAAAUUCAUUACCUGUAAGUUCAUUACCUCCUCUGAGUUCAGCACCGGAGAUUACAAGAUCUGGAACACCCAUGGAGAUGCCAUGAUUGGGGCGAAAGUACCUGAGGUUCAUUCACUGUAAUGAUAAUGUCAAGUCAUGCAUGUCACGCAACCCCAUACAAUAUUCGGAUUACUUUUGGAGACGCCAUGGGACUCAGUCACUAUGAUAACAAAGUCAAGCCAGGCGUGGGGCAACGUCCCAUACGAUUCUCGUUUCCAUACAUAGCUGUAGCAAGCCUCGAAUUAUUUUUUUUUGUGGGGGGGGGGGGGGGGGGAGGGCGAUACAUAAACAUUAAGAAACAAUGGGCCCCGCCCCUGAUAUGGCCCUGCGUAUGAUGGCUCCGAUCGCUACAGUGUACAGGGGAUCAGAUUUACAAUGAUUGGAGUUACAUGUGAUUGGGGCAGUUAUAGAAAUGCUCUUGAAAAAAGAAAAAAGAGGCGAACGUGCACAUCGUUAUAGAACUCUGCGAUAGAUUUUUCAUUUACAGAGGCGUUUGAGUGGUUCUCCUAUGAUAGCCCCGAUCCUUUCAACAUUUCAAGAAGGACUUAUUCUCAAACUAACUUAAAAGUUAUCAUUACUCUAUCAAUUUUAUGUACUUGCGUCCAUCUAGAUAAAGAUUUUUAUUUUAAAAUUGUUUUAAUAAAGUAUUAUUUUUAA